CCGCCCGUCGUUAGGGGUCCUGCUGAGGGCUUUAAACAGAAGCGCUGUUAGCAUCCUGUUAGCAUAGCAACAUGAUGGCAGCAGCACGAGCUCAGGUGAUCUCUCUCUACAAGGUGAUGCUGACAGAGAGCAGGAAGUUCCCUUCAUACAACUACAGGACCUAUGCACUGCGGCGGGUGCGUGAUGCCUUCAGGGCCAACAGGACAGUGGAGGAUCCAAAAACUGUGGAGAGACUGAUAGUGGAGGGACGGCAGACACUGGCACUGAUACAGAGACAGGUGUCCAUCGGGAAGAUGUUCGAGACCCAGAAGAUCGUGGUGGAGGGUUAACCCCUCUGCUGCUGGAGGCGGCAAACAACCCAGCAAACAACAGGAAGUGACAUCAGACACUGGAGCGGAUCACCGCUCUGACAUCAUCACCACCACCAACCUGCUUCCUCUGCGAGCCCCAAUCAUCUGCUACGACUGUGCGGAGGUGGAGCUGUGAGAUGCAUUGUGGGAGAUGUAGGACGGGGUGAAGCGGUGAAGAACCUGCCGUUUGUUUUGGAGUUUUUUCUUUCACGGAUGCACCGAUCAGUUCCUUCCUCUUCGGUUCCUUCAUGUUCUCACUGUUGUUUAGUUCAAAUAAAGCUCGUGACUAACGAUCAUUUACUCCACCGAUUAAUCUGCCAGUGAUUUCCUUUAAUACACAGUGAACCGGUCGGUCGAUAGGACAUCAGAAAAGAGUCCAACGGGACGUCCUCUGCUGUCUCGUUUUGUCCAAAACCCAAAGAUGUGCAGAAACAAACAGAUAUUCAGCUUAAAGCAGAACUUAAAAAAUAACUUCAUGUUUGUUGUUAAUUGGUCAGCGUAUCUUUUGGUCGUUGAUUUUCCUCUCACAAACGAAUAUUAAACAACAAAUCAGUGGGUUAUUUGAUUUUUCGUUUUAAAACACAAAAAUGAAUAUUGAAAUGCGAGGCGUUUUUCUUUAUCGGGGUCAAAAAGGGGAUGAACUAAACUUAAAAAAAAUGGGUUGAGUUCCAUUUUCUAUUUAAAAAAAAAAUAUCACUAGAAGACAGAAUAUUAAUAUUAAAAUAAUUUAAUAUAGAAAGAGCCGUCGUUGGUGCUCUAACAACUAAGUUCUGAGUUAUUGAUCCAGGAAGUUUGAAUCUGUGAAUAUCUUUCACUGAAGUUAGUUUUUCUGCAGUCGUGUCUCCUUCCCUCAGACAAACUCUUUUAUUGUUUCUAAAAACUACGUACUGAUCCGUGUCCAUCACCUCCAGUUACUCAGCAGCGCCGUCCUCAGACACGCUCUUACUUUGUAAAUGGCAACUUCCUGUUGCAGAAUAUUAAAAAAAUUAAAAUCAACCAUUUUUUUUAGGUUUAGUUUAUCCCCUUUUUGACCCGCUCAUUUUUGUAUUUUAAUAUCCGUUUGUGAAGGAAAAUCAAUGACCGAAAGAUACACUGACCUUAUUAGACCAAAGAUUUAUUUAAUUUGAGAGACAUCCAGUGAAACUAACGUUUGUUUGAUUUUUCUUUAUAUCCAGUUAAAUCUUUUCUUGUUUGAGCCUCAUUAUGUGGAAAUAAAUAAAGUCAGAACACAUUCAUGUUUUCUCCAAAAGGUUUAGCUUUACUCAAAAUGUCUAAUCGAUUAAUUACUUGAACUCGUUUAUAGGAAUGUUAUUAACUGGAUGUAGUUAUAAAGAAGGCAUCAAGUAUUUAACUAUUUGAAUCGAUUCACAGCCCUGAUAGGCGUCAAUAUUUGAUUUAAUACUUGAUGCCUCUUAGAGCUGUCGGUCGAUUAAAGUAGUUCAUUCCGAUUAAUCGCAAAUUAAUAUUUGUUCAAAAUGUUCUACUGAUGGAUUCAUCAGGUUUUCUAGUUUCAUAUGAUCCCAGUAUCUUCACUCUAGCUUUAAAACUGAGCCCGCUACUACAUCCGGAAGAUUGAGUGAAACAGAUGUGCGUUAACGUGUUAUUAUGUUAUUAUGUUAUUAUGUAAUUAUGUCAUCAUCAUGUUAACACAGUUUGAGCAGAAUCGACUGAUCGGUGCAUCCCUGCAUUUCUUUUCUUUCUAGUGUUGUUUUUUGUAUUCUAACGCACAAGCUGUCCAUCGUUGAUGUGAUUCUAUCUGAUAUAUAAACCUAUAAAAGAACUGAAACACCA